AUGGCCGGCAAUCCAGCACGGAGCCGCUCGGGCUCUGGCGCUUCUCACUACGCAGCGGGCGACGAUGAAGGCUCUGUGCUGGGAACAGGGCUUACCUCCCGCCAGCUGGAGGCAUUUGGCCGCAAAGUCACGACGACCGCAUCCCAUCUCAUAAGUGCUACGGCAGAUCCCACGGCCAACGCCCAUUACCAUGCGGCCAUGUCGGGCAUCCAGCGAGAGCUACGGCGGCCGGGAGCCCAGAGAAGGAUAUUUGCCUUCGCGCAGACAACGCCCACCGAGCUUGUACGCUCCAAGUUCUCCACGUCUGAGAUCCAGUACCGUGCCCUCUCUUCCCUCCCUGACGACCUCCUACAACACCUCCCCGAGGAUACAAGCACAUACUCGCUCUUUCAGGGAUUCCAGGCCUCCGUUCACGAUGUAGACCACGAGCACAGGAAGUCUCAUCGGAGGCGAAGUUCGCAUGGCCAGAAGCGUUUGGAAGACGUAGACAGAAACACGGGUGCCUUGCCGCCUACGAUAGGCCAUCUAAAGCGGGAACGAGACUCGUUGAACCAUCGGUUGGAAAUGAUGGGUGUGCGGAAGAACAUGUGCAGUGCUGAGAUACACGAGAUCGACAACAAGAUUAUGAACUUGAACAAGAUGCGCAAGAUUGUGUUGGACCGUCUGGCUGGACUGGAGAUGGACGAAGCUGACUUGGAACAUGAAUUGGUACAACUGGAUAAUAGACUGGAGGACAUGGAGGACGCACUGGAUGAGUCUGCGGCAGCGGCAGCGGCAGCUACACCCAAGACCGGCGACAUUCCCAGCUCACCGAUCGGAGAAGGCGAAGGCGAUUCGUCGUUCAUGUCAGAAUCAAUCUAUGAGAAGAUCCCUUCGCCGAAGGCAUGGAGACACAAGACAUCGAAAAAACGGUCGACACCUGUACUGCACGAGCAUUUUGAGCCUGGCUCUCUAAUAAGAGAGCUCCAUGCACACAACGACAUGAUAGCGGCCCUCGACUUCGACGUACCGUUUGGAACGAUGGUGAGCGCUGCCCUGGACGACACUGUCCGGGUAUGGGACCUGAACCUGGGACGAUGCAUGGGCUUCCUCGAGGGCCACCAUGCCUCGGUGCGGUGUCUGCAAGUCGAAGACAGCAUCGUGGCCACGGGCUCGAUGGACGCUUCUAUCCGACUGUGGGACCUCAGUCGCGCCAAGUACGCUCCGCGCGACCACCGAGGCGACAGGGACGACGAGGACGACGAGGAUGCGCUUGGCUUCGAGGAUCCCGCGGCUGCACCGCCGACGCCGCCGCCCUCCAGCAUGGACGAGUGCCCGCUGUUCACUCUCGAGGCACACGUCGACGAGGUGACGGCGCUGCACCUACGCGGAGACACGCUGAUAUCCGGAUCGGCGGACAAGACGCUGCGGCAGUGGGACCUGGUCAAGGGCCGAUGCGUGCAGACGCUGGACGUGCUCUGGGCAGCGGCACAGGCGUCGUCAACCAUGGCGGCAGGAGAUGCAUCCUGGCGGCCGACGGGUCGUCUGCCGGACGCCUCGGCGGAUUUUGUCGGUGCCUUGCAGUGCUUUGAUGCAGCGCUGGCCUGUGGAACGGCGGACGGGAUGGUGCGCCUGUGGGAUCUGCGCAGCGGGCAGGUCCAUCGAAGCCUGGUCGGCCAUACUGGGCCGGUGACAUGUCUGCAGUUUGACGACGUGCACCUCGUCACCGGCAGUAUGGACAGAAGCAUACGUAUAUGGGAUCUUCGCACGGGAACCAUCCACGAUGCGUAUGCAUACGACCGUCCAGUAACAAGCAUGAUGUUUGACACUCGACGGAUUGUGGCUGCCGCCGGCGAAGACGUGGUAAAAGUCUACGACAAGACGGACGGGCGACACUGGGACUGUGGCUCAGGGGUGGCAUCCGAGGACGACGGGCGGACACACAGCAUCAUCGAGCGGGUGCGGAUAAAGGACGGCUACCUGACGGAGGGACGCAAGGACGGCACCAUCGGCAUCUGGAAAUGUUAG